AUGGUCAAGCAAAACAAUCUGAAGGCUGCGCUAGAUCGCAAUAAAGGUGUCGACUACGCCAAAGACAAGCAAAAGAAACUGCAAAAAGAAGCCCAGAAGCGCAAACUCAAGCAGAAGCGCAGUGAGGUCGAUAUCGAUGCGCUGGACGAGGAUGUAGCUGGUGAGGAGGAGGAGGACGAAGAGGCACAGGCAUUGAGUGAAGAGCUCAGGGAUCAGGUCGCACAGAUCAUUGCCGCAGAUGGCGCAUCGCUGAAGGAGAAGACGAAUGGAGAGGCAGAGGGCUGGGAGACAGACGAGAGUGAGGACGGAGAAGAGGAUGAGGAGGAUGCAGAAGGCGGGGUCAAUCUCGACACCUUCGAGGAUGAGUCAGAUUCUGAUUCCGAUGAGGACGAGACAUUCUACACCGCGGCAGCUACGUCACCCAAGAAGAAGAACAUAGGUGGUGUCCCUGUUGAAGAAGAGGACGAUGAUGUCGAAGACGAAGAUGACAUACCACUCUCCGACAUCGAGUCUUUAGCUUCGGAAGACAAAGGCGACGUGAUACCCCACCAACGACUCACAAUCAACAACACAGCCGCCCUUCAACGAGCACUGAAGUCCUUCGCGCUACCAUCCAGUCUACCAUUCUCAGCGGCUCAAUCAGUGACAACCUCCGAGCCAGUUCAAAUAGCAGACGAAGAAGAUGACCUCACCCGCGAACUUGCCUUCUACCAACAAUCCCUGAACGCGGUCAAGGAAGCUCGCAUCCAACUCAAGAAAGAAGGUGUACCUUUCACACGACCCGCAGAUUACUUCGCCGAAAUGGUGAAAAGUGAAGAACAGAUGGGUAAAGUGAAGCAGAAGAUGGUUGACGAGGCAGCGAGGAAGAAGGCAAGCUCGGAUGCGAGAAGGCAGCGCGAUUUGAAGAAGUUCGGAAAGGCAGUGCAGGUUGCUAAGUUGCAGGAGAGGGAUCGAGCGAAGAGGGACAUGUUGGAUAAGGUUGGGGCUUUGAAGAGGAAACGUUCCGGCGGCGCCGAACUCACGGCAAACGAGGACUCCAUGUUCGACGUCGCACUCGAAGACGCCGCGACGACCGAGAAAAAGGACCGUGCGGACCGGCGAGCCAAAGGCGCUGCUGCAGGUGGCAAACGAGGUCGUGACGGUGAUGGUGGGCCCAACAGAAAGCGUCAAAAGAAGGAUGAGAAGUUUGGGUUCGGUGGGAAGAAGAAGUUUGCGAAGAGUAAUGAUGCGAGGAGUACGGGGGAUAUGAGUGGGUUUUCGGCGAGGAAGAUGAAGGGGGGUGCGAAGGGUGGGGCGAAGAGGCCGGGGAAGAGUAAGAGGGCUAGGACUUGA